UUCAGUGAUGCAGGCGGACAACAGAGGGACAAAGUGUUUAUGUUCACACAGAAGACAAAAGGAUGACAUGUGAGCACCUGAGCCGCGUGUUGGCGCUCUGCGUGUUUCUCCGCGCGGUGCGAACCGCUUCCUUCAGCCAGGACGCGCGGGACUUCCACACGAAAGUGGCUUUGAUGCUGAAGGAAGAGCCAGUGAACCCCAAGUGCUUUGCUGAAGGCAGGAACGACCUCACGUGCUUCUGGGAGGAAGACGAGGAAAGGGCCGGUUCUGUGGAUCAGUACUCCUUCACGUACACGUACAAAAAUGAAAACAGUAGCCGCUGCCCGUUGAGAGCCGUCCCCGCAGCCAGCGGGAAGAUGCUGUUCGUCUGCCACAUGAGUCAAACCCAGAUGUUUAUCGUGAUGGACAUUCAAGUCCACCGGGAGACGGAGCUGAUCCACAACCGCAGCCUCUACAUCGAGCUCGUCUUUCUUCUUGACCCUCCUGCCAACGUGACGGUGAACCACACGGAGAACCCGGGUCAAAUAAGAGUCACCUGGCUGCCAGCUCCCUUCAAGUACAUGACCGACGCCAUGAAUUACGAGGUCCGCUACGCCCCAGCGGACGGCCACCGUCCGCAGGUGGAGGAGGUGAAAGCGAGUUCGGAGCUGAUCCUGAGGAACCUGCAGCCGGGGACAAGGUACGAGGUGCAAGUCCGCGUGAAGCUGGAUGAGCUCAGCUACAACGGCUACUGGAGUUCCUGGAGUGAACCGGUGUUCAUAGAAACAGUGCCGGGAGAAUUCGACCCACUCAUCAUGUCCCUGACUCUCAUCAUCUCCUUCAUCCUCGUUGUUCUGUCCCUCACCGUCCUCCGGUCCCAUCGCAGGUUUCUUACAAAGAAGAUUUGGCCGACUAUCCCGAGUCCUGAGGGCAAGUUCCAGGACCUGUUCACAGUUUACGGUGGAGACUUCCAGGAGUGGUUAGGCCACAGCACCGGAGGCUUGAGGUUGGCUCCAGCGUUCUUCUGCUCAGAGGAACACCCCUCUGCCCUGGAGGUGCUGUCGGAGCUCAGUUUCUCCCCGGCGCUGCCCUCUCCUCCUCUGCCUCCCAAAGUCUCCAGAGCUCCACCCGCAGACCGGAAGGAGGAGGUGGACGUGAAGUGGCCGGAUGAGAGGGAGACGUUAGAGAGGAGAGCAACGCCACCUGACCACUGGCUGAUGGACCGCUUACGUGCCCUCCACCAGCAGCCCAUGCCCGUCUCCCAGUCCUCUCUGCUGGAGUCUCAGGACACAUACGUCACUCUCAGUAACCACAACCACAGCGAGGCCGAGCACCUGGAUGAUAUUCUAGAGGAGACCUCACCCCUCGAGGUGCUCUUUGCCUCCAGGAACACUGCGCUGUGUGAAUCCCACUCUGAUCUGGGGUCAGUGCAGCAGAGCUCUGGUGCUCUCUCGUCCCAGUCCAGCUUCGAGUACCCGAACCACCCCUGGAACCCCAAGGGCCCGGGGUACACCUACAUGGCAGUGGCCGAUUCCGGGGUCUCUAUGGAUUACAGCCCCAUGAGCAGAACGGACAGUAUCGGGAAAGUGGUUAUCUACGCCAACGGGUUUAAUAAUGAGAUCCCCUCGAGCAGGAGGCCGCUCCUGCCGCGGCAUCAGCCCGUGGUCGGUGACGGCUGAACCAAAGAGACUCAAACCACAUGGCCUCACCACAACUGUUAAAGGAGAAUCCAGGAUUCUGUGUCUGACUGGAACACGGAGCUGAAGGACUCCAUGUCCACUGGAUGUACAUUUCUACUUUUGCAAAGUCAUCCCCAAUCUGUAGAGGACAACACCAUUACAUGCAAAUGGCAGCUGUGGCUUCUGCAAGGAAAUAUUCAUGUUUGAGAUAAGUUUGGCAUAAUUUUUUAGCUUAAAUAACCAAACAGCUUUUUAUGAGUAGACGUACAGAAAUGGAAACUAUGAACAUUACGAGCCGUUUUCUGCCCCUUCUCAUUUGUAUUUUGUCAACAAAUCCCACUCUCCUCCAAUUUUUUCUACAUAAGUAUAAAAUGUAUCUAAUUAUUUAUUUACACAUGAUAAACAAUAUAUAUAACAAACAUAUUUAAUAUUGAAACAACUUAUCAUACAAUACACUUAAAUACACAACUUAAUAUGAAACAGAUAUUAGUAUGAUUGAACAUAAAAAUAUAAUAAAUAUAAACUAGUUAAUCUAAUCCAUCCUGUGGUUCCUAAGAUGUUUCAGUUAAUAAAAACUUUACUUAGUUUUGGGAGGUUGCAAAAUAUAGAAAGAUCUAGUAGUUAGUUUUUCUUUAUACAUGAGAUUUGUUGAUUUCACUUGAACCCGGCAGCUACAAAGUCAGACUCAUUUCCAAACCUGAUAAAACUGUAUUUGUAAAUAACUUUUUGUAUUUUAUCACAGUUGUAUCAGAGAGGGAUCAAAAUCUUAAGUUGUUGUUAUUCUCAUAAAAACAUAUUCCUGAGCAAAUAAUACUACUUCUACUGUAGGCUGUGCAGGAAAGUUUUAAUACACUGCCGUCUAAAGAGUAAAGCUCACGUGUUUUUUUUAAACUGAAUAAUUUCUGUUUUUUUUUUUUUAUGUUUCUUUGCUUUUGUGGCUUUGGAGAAUAUUUAGUUGCUGAAAUUGUAUCUGCUCUUAAAGUAUACAAAUAUAUUUCUACACAUUUCUGACUUAUAUGUUGUAAAAAAUAAAAGUAGUGUGACUAAGAAGUAACUAACUGACAACUAAAGGUUUGAACCAACUUUCUUCUAAGUUGUCCACAGCAGCAGUUCCUCCAUCUUUCCUCGUUCUCCCACCUUGGACAGCUCUUCAGUUUAUCAACGUGUCGACAGAGAAACAAAUCACUCACACAUAAAGUCAAUUAAGAGUCUUUAAUUAAUCGGCAUGUCUUUGGACAGAAAAAUCCAGAUUUAUUUAAUAUGAUUAUCUUUUUAUUUUUUUACUAUUUGAAAUCUUAAUAAUAUGCGACAGCCAGUAUAUUUUUAGAGGGCGAGGUUUUAGAAUCUUAAAUUUGUAUUUCCAAACUACUGGUUCCUUCAAUGUUUUCAAUCCUCAAACAUUUCAAGUGUUUUCCUCUCGGCCGUGACAUUGUUUAUUUUUCUGAUGUG